AUGGCCGACGUACGAUCCCUCCUCCGUCAACAACGUGCUGCCAGACGAAUCGAGCACCCUCACGCCGCCUACUCUGAUGCGGGCAAGCUCCUCUGCACCCUCUGCCACGAGGCGAUCAAGUCUGAGUCUCUUUGGGACAGCCAUAUCCGUGGAUCCGGGCAUACGGCCAAGGUCAAGGCGGUGCAACAAGCGUCCACGGGCGCGAGCGGAUCGGCGGCCGCGAACGGAGUCUCCUCAAACAAGCGGAAACACGACUCGGAUGAGGACAUGGAAGAUGACGACGCAGCCGAUGCGGUGCGGAAGAAGCGAAGCAAGGGGAAUAUGGGCACUCCUGCUCGCCUGUCCGCUGGCGAGUCAGACCAUGAUCGCAAGGACGUGACACUCACACCACCUUCGCUGAACCGCCGAACGUCCACCACACCAGUACAGGGGGUUGAGAUUCAGAUGCCGUCGCGCCCGCAUACUCCUGCGCAUAGAGAUGCGACUUCUUCAAAUUCGACACCCAUUGUGCAGCCCGUCGGUCCCUCGCCAUUGAUCCCGCAAGAGGAGUUGCCGACGAAGCCGGUCACUGCUGGCCCGGCAACACAACAGAAUGGCACGGCUGGGAAGACUGCUGGAGGAACUGUUGACGAGGACGAGUGGGCAGCGUUUGAGGCCGAUAUUGCUGCGACAACAGCACCGUAUUCGGAGGACGCCGUCAUUGCUGCACCAGCCAUGACGGCUGAGGAGACUGCAGCAGCAGCGAAGACAGAGGAGGAGGAACAAGCAAAACGACGUCUGCUUGCGGAGAAAGACCUACUUGAUGAGAAAGAGGAGGCUACUCGGGCACUGGAAACGGAGUUUGAGGAUAUGGAGGAGCUUGAGGCUCGGGUUCGGAGAUUAAAGGAAAAGCGGGAGGCUUUGAGGAAGCAGAGCUUUACGGGCACCACUGCGCCUGUCGAAAAGCCGGCUGAAGCCAGUGGCAAAGAAAACGUGGAAGUCAAUGACGACGAGGAAGAGGAUGACGAAGACGACGAGGACGGGGACGAUUUCAUGGGCUUCCGAUACCGCUCAUGA